AUGGCUAAUACAAAUUGCUUCACUUAUUUCCUAAUGUGCCUUGCAUUGUUCCUGUGCAAAUUCUCAGCUGCUUUGCCAGCUCAGGAAAAUGACCGCUAUUUUGAAAAACAGUUAAAUCGAGAAUUAUUAAACAAUUGGCUAACGUCGGCACGCAGUAUUCAGGCCCUGAAUAGUUAUUAUCCAGACAACACCUGGUCUGCUCCCAUGCCGAAAAGAAACUCCGAAUUAAUAAAUUCACUUCUAAGUCUACCCAAGGGUAUGAAUGAUGCUGGAAAGUAA